CCAUCCCUUUUCCUCCCCCGUCUUUUCCCCUGCGUCCGCCUCGCGUGCCCUAAUUUCUCGCUGCCUCCUGUCUCCUCUCCUUUCCACCCCCACUUCCAUAUAUACGCAUACACACUCUGUCUGAACCACCCACAGGCAACAGCAUCUCCCUCCCCCAUAGUCACUCUGAGUUGGGCUGGGUGAAGAGAAGAGAACGAAUCUUUCAGUUGAGAUCUCUCCCCUCGCAAUAAUUUUGGGCUCUCUCCCUCUAUCUACCGAGUGUUCUUGAUUCAGAGAGGCCAAGAACAGCGCAAGAACAGCAUGGUGUAGUGGUGCCUCUAGUGCAUUAUGAGGAGUGAGGAGGUGGGAUGGGCGAUGGCCUGUGGUGCAGGUGGUGCAGAUGGAGAUGAAGGAGAGACAGCGGUGGCGGCCUGAGGAAGACGCCAUCCUCCGCUCCUACGUCCGGCAGUAUGGCCCCCGCGAGUGGAACCUGGUGGCGCAGCGCAUGAACGUGCCCCUCGACCGCGACGCCAAGUCCUGCCUCGAGCGCUGGAAGAACUACCUCCGCCCCGGCAUCAAGAAGGGCUCCCUCACCGACGACGAGCAGCGCCUCGUCAUCCGCCUCCAGGCCAAGCACGGCAACAAGUGGAAGAAGAUCGCCGCCGAGGUGCCUGGCCGCACGGCGAAGCGGCUCGGCAAGUGGUGGGAGGUGUUCAAGGAGAAGCAGCAGCGGGAGAUCAGGGACAGCCGGAGGCCGCCGCCUGAGCCCAGCCCCGACGAGAGGGGGAGGUACGAGUGGCUGCUCGAGAACUUCGCCGAGAAGCUCGUCAAGGAGAGGCAGCAGGUGGGAGUGGGCGCCACGCCGCUGCACCACCACCUCAUGGCGGCUCCCAUGCUCCCGCCCUGGAUGUCGUCCACCGCCACCAACGGCGCGCCCGUCUCCCCGGCGCCACCGUCGCCGUCCGUGACGCUCAGCCUCGCCUCCGCCGUCGUCCCGCCCCCGACCGCCGCGCCGUGGAUGCAGCAGCAGAUGGCGGAGGACGGCGCCGCGUUCGGGUUCGCUAGGCCGCCACCGGCGCCGGGCAUGGUGGCGGAUGCUCCUCAGGCAGCGCUGGCGGAGCUGGCCGAGUGCUGCAGGGAGCUGGACGAGGGGCACCGCGCGUGGGCCGCGCACCGGAAAGAGGCAUCGUGGAGGCUGAAGCGCGUGGAGCUGCAACUGGAGUCGGAGCGCGCGUGCCGGCGGCGCGAGGCCGCGGAGGAGUUCGAGGCCAAGAUGCGAGCGCUGUGGGAGGAGCAGGCGGCCGCCGUGGAGCGCCUCGAGGCGGAGUACCGGGAGAAGGUGGCCGGCCUCCGGCGUGAUGCCGAGCUCAAGGAGCAGAAGAUGGCGGAGCAGUGGGCCGCCAAGCACGCCCGCCUCACCAAGUUCCUCGAGCAGGUCGGCUCGUCGUGCCGCCGCUGGCCGCCCGGCGAGAUGAACGGCCGCUGACGGCGCGCCACCGGCCGCUUUCUUGCACGCGCAGCAUCCAAACCUCAAGAAGACGAUGGCAUCGCAUGCUUGUUCGUUGCACAACUUCUUUAGUUUUCUUCUCUUUUACAACUGUUGGAAGCUUCACUUCUCACUCUAGUCUAGCUGAUCAGAAAAUGUAAGCCGUUGCUGCUGCUACUGCCUUAAUUUCACUUCUUUUCGGCCUGUCAUUGAUCGUGCCAAUCAUCGUUCCUUAGCAAUAAAUAAACAUUUGGAAAUCAAGACAAGUUCAACAAGAAAUUAUUUGAUCG